CAGGGGCGGGCCGGGCCGCGGGCGGCCCAAUGAGGCACGCCGCCGCCGCGGGCCUGUCAAGGGACGGGGCCGGGGGCGGGCGGCGGCGAGUCGGGAUAAACACUCGGCGGUGGCGGCUGGGCUCCGGGCUCCGUGCUGUCCCAUCGCUGCCCCUUCUGGCUGGCCAGCGCGGCAGCUCCUCGGUGUUCCCGGCCGGCGGCCCGCGGGCACGGAGAGGCAGCCCGCCGGGUGCAGGAUGGCGACAGCCGUCGGGAUGAACAUCCAGCUGCUGCUGGAGGCGGCCGACUACCUGGAGCGGCGGGAGAGAGAAGCUGAACAUGGGUAUGCCUCCAUGUUGCCAUACAGUAGCAAGGACAGAGAUGCCUUCAAACGGAGAAACAAGCCCAAGAAGAACAGCACCAGUAGCAGAUCAACUCACAAUGAGAUGGAGAAGAACAGGCGUGCUCACCUCCGCCUGUGCCUAGAGAAGCUGAAGGGGCUGGUACCGCUGGGCCCUGAGUCAAGCCGACACACCACCCUGAGUUUGCUGACAAAAGCCAAAUUGCACAUAAAGAAACUUGAAGAUUGUGACAGGAAAGCUGUCCACCAAAUAGACCAGCUUCAGCGGGAGCAGCGGCACCUGAAGCGGCGGCUGGAGAAGCUGGGUGCUGAGAGGACUCGGAUGGACAGCGUGGGCUCUGUGGUGUCUUCAGAGCGCUCCGACUCUGACAGGGAAGAGCUGGACGUGGACGUGGAUGUGGAUGUGGACGUGGACGUGGAGAGCACAGACUACCUCAAUGGGGACCUGGGCUGGAGCAGCAGCGUGAGUGACUCGGACGAGCGGGGCAGCAUGCAGAGCCUGGGCAGUGAUGAGGGCUACUCCAGUGCCAGUGUCAAAAGAGCCAAGCUCCAGGACGGCCACAAGGCAGGCCCCGGGCUAUAGGAGAGGGCCCAGCCGUCUCUCCACCUCACCUGGUUAGGUAGUGUACCAGACCUGUCCAGAUGCCCUUGCACGCAAACCUCAUGUACCACCUUGACCAAUAUCAGCUCUGUCCACUUUGCAGAAAGCACAUAGGGUUGUGGUCUUGAGUGUGAUCAGUAGCUUCUCUGUCCAUACAUGUCGACGCCGAGAGACUGUACAUUCCAGUCAGUUCAAAGCACCCAAGAAUCCUUAGCCAAGCAAGUUUCACCUCUCAGCCGCCCCCUGCACUGUCCUGCAGCUGACGAGAUCUCCUUAGUUUUCUGGCUCCCGAUGGUACUCGCCCAGGAGAGAAGUACAAGCUUUGUCUGGUACAUAGGAAACCGCAGCAAACAACUUCUCAAAGGGAACUCAGUCUCAUGAACCCCACAGGAAGCUUUGGAAGCCAAACCGAAGAGCACUGAGAGGCCAGGAGCCCCUCCAGCCCUGCCUUGGCCCAGCCGCGUGCGGUGCUGCGGCCCUGCUUAAGAGCAGGCACUCGGCAGCUCAGGAGAACCGUGUGCCCCUGUGUGCUGCUCUGGGGGCCUAGCCAUGUGCCCGAGUCUGUUGAUGCUACUUGUCUCUGGAACAUUGUCCUACCUCAGAGAUAGAUGAGAUCUCCAUCGUCCACGUAACGGAAAUGACUGCUUCUUCAUCCCCAUGGUCCCCUCCACCCGCGUCCCUGUCGCAUUCCCAGCAAUAACUGAGUUUUGGCACUGGCUGAGCUAGUAGCCACUGUCUGUGAGAGAAAGAGGCCACAUUUCUUCUCUGUGGCAAGUGAACAGGAGGGUCCCCAUGUCACCAGAACCUUCCUGCUAAGGUAGUUUUGAACACCCUAGAAGUUUCCUUCUGGAGACUUCCAGGUCUACAGCUUAAAAGGAUGAUUUUUUUUCCCCUUGUGGCAUUUUUAUUUAAGGUAAACCAGAGCACACGCGUAUGUAAAUAAGACACACAACACCUAUAAAUACUAUUUAUUCAUUUUAUAUAAACUAACGUAAUGCAAUAUAAAUUCCUAUGACUGCUUUUAUAGAUGUUCUAGAAACUUUGUACGUAGCUGUCUACAAAAUUCAUUCAUUCCCCUGAAUAUUUUUGCAUUCGUAUUUUGAGGUUUUCAGACUCUGGUGAGUCUUUUUCACGAAGUCUGAACCAUCUGUAAAUUCCUCGCUCUGCGGCUGAGCCUGUGUCACCAGGUAAUGGGACACUCCUGAGACGCACGGUGUCACCUAAGGGCUCCACAGCUGACUCGGCAGCAGGCAACUACACAGUCACGCACCCCCUCCUCAAGUCCAAACACGCCUCGGCAGAGAGAGCAGUCACCAUGGACGCCAUGUGCUCCUUGAUGGCCCCAAAGUCCUGUUUCGGAUUUUUCGUUUUUUCUUUUCACUUGUUGGAGUGUUUUCCAAAUACCAGCUGGAGAUUAGCACAGAAGCACGGCUUGGAUUGGAUGCCAUUAGCAUUUGCAGAACCCUUUCCAGAGUCUGACAGGGCUGGUGUUCCGUCCCCUUGGGUCCCUACCUGCUAGACCUCGAGGGCAUCAUAUCUGUUCACUGCACCCAAGGCCAUCAGAAAGUCAGGACCACGGGAGAGGGUGUGGGCUGCACAGGGGGAGGGAACAAAACUUGUACACAUAUUUAUUUCACUUAGAAGGUAUCUGAAAGAUGCCAUCAUUCCCUGUGUUUUCAUUGUUGCACCUUUGAGUUAAACUGCUUUUUUUUUUUUUUUUUGUUGAAAUAUGAAGUGUACUGUCCCAACAUAAAACAGUGAUUAUUUGACCUUUGCCCUGUUUGUCUGGUCCUUGCAUAGAUGUGUGGUAGAUCUCUGUAUUUUUAGAGCACUUGACAGGCUAACUGCCAAGGUCAGACCUGACUUUGGAAGUUGGACUGAGUCACUGUGGUAGGUAGGCUUUUCUCUGACCAAAACUGUCACUUUUAGGGACCUGCAGGCUUUACCCAGGGCAGCUAAUUCCCACCUAGUCUCUCCUUCACUCAACACCAGCAUGUCUGCCAAGACUUAGACUCCAGAGUGGUUCUUGUUUUCUUAAGCAAAAUGAAAAGCCUUUCUAUGAAAGUUGUUGGGGGUGAGGAAGACACAGGUAUGAAGCCCAGCCGUUGAGACUGACAGGAUGAGAAGUGUGUCAGUGAAGCACGUGCUCAUUUCUGUGUGAAAGUUCCUUCUGACGCCCAGCAGCACUGUCACGGUCAAGUGGGAACACAGGAGCUUGCUGUCAACUCCAUUCCGUGCCACAAGGAAACAUUCGCAUCGUCCAGAAAACACCACCCUGGCUUUGGAUGCCUGCCCAGCACCCAGCAGGUUUUGAUUUGGGUUUCUUCUGCUAACCAGGUAUCUUGAAACUGGUAGCAACUACCAGUGUCUCUGCCCUUGAAGAACUGGUGCUGGUUUGGUGAGGCCAUCAGGGGUCUUGAAAGGACCAAGAUUUUCCCUCUUGACCCAAAGCUAGAAUGUCUCCAGCUGGGAUCCCUGGGUUGGGCAGGCCCAACCUUACCGUGGCGGCUGGAGCAGGUUUAUUGUUUGUUUUUAAAGUAGCAUUUUCAUUCACCCCUGCUGUGUUCCUGUGGCACUUCUCCCCAUCCUUGAUGUGGCCAAGAGUGUUUGGGGUCUAAGAUCACAGGAGAUGGCUUAUGAUACUCAAAACCUUCUAGCAAUAUCUGGGGACUUGACGAUGAGUUUCGUGGACUUUCUCCCUCUUGCCUUCUUCUCCCUGUCCCUUCGAGAGAAAACUUAUAUUUUUGAAGAGCAUAUAUAGACACAUUAAGGUUUUAUACCAUGCUGUAUUGGCAGGAAUACCACUUUUAUUGUGGUCUGUAAUGUAUCACCCACAUCCUGCUGUCUCUUUCCUGGCUACAGUGUUUUGUCUCCCUGCUUUACCAUCCCUGUGUGUCCUGCUAUUUUUCUGUGUCUCUCUGGCAUUUCAAUGGCUGCUCCUCCUGACUUAGUGCUUUCUGGGAGAGGACAGCCCAGCACCGUUUGCUGUGUGCUGGCCUCUCUCAUGCUGUGUGCACAGAGCGCUGUAGUCUGCAGCAUGUUUUGUUUUCCAAGAUCCUGGGUUGAGGUGGUGUGAAAUGUGAUCCAUCAAUACUUGUAAUGCUUUUCUUUAACUGUGGUCUUCUAAAAGAAAGGAUUGACUGGCACCAUUAGAUUCUGCUCGUGGAUGGCCAAAGAAAUUGAGUGUUUAGCCUAUCUCAAAAUCAAAUGGUGAGAAUCAGGGAGGCGCUCUGUGCUGAGAAGUAUCUGGAUUUCUUCCUCUGAGUUCUUACUCUGUCUAGGAGGGCAGUGGGUUGAAGAGGGCAUUCUGCAUUUUAGCUUUGAUCUAAAAGCCAAGCUUGCCUCAACUGCUGUCCCUAGAAUUGGUGCUCUGUCAUGUUGCUGCGAGUGGCUAGUUUGGGGGACCCUCUUUCUAAGGGUGACAGCCUCCACAGGAGAGCCACAGGUGAAGAGUGGGAAGCGUGUUUCCAGAUGUUUCUUUAUGUAAAUACGGUGCCAAUGUGAACCACUUCUGAGACUGUGGAGAACGGUGCUUUGGGGGGGAGGGGCUGCAGUUAGCACAUGUGUUUUUAGAAGCCAUCAUGAUUUAGAGACUCCUUGCUGUGUGUACAGUUAUGUGUCCGUCCAUUAACAAAUAAAUUAUUUCAUUAUUAAA